AUGGCUGAUACCGCUGCUGUUAACCGAGACCAAGCCGCCGUCGCUGAUCCUCCGGCUACCAGGAGGGUUCCGGCCAAGAGAGGAAAGAAAGCUGCCGCUCCGAAAUCUCCAGCUGCUGCUCCAAAAGCCGCUGCCCCGAAAGCCGCUGCCCCGAAAGCCGCUGCCCCGAAAGCCGCUGCCGUUAAGGUUAGUUGGUCCUAAAAAUUUGAGAAUUUUCAAUAAGGAACGAGAAAAUGGGCGGUCUGUUGGGUUUCUCUGUGAACUUAAAAUUAAUGCAAUUGUUUUUGCGAGGGAGUACUUUCUCAGUGUAUUUUUAUUUCAGAAAACUUCCGCUGUUGUCGCUACUGCGUCUCCUUCGCCAGCUCCAACUAAGAUCCCGAGGAUCAGAACUCAGGCCGAUCACCCUUCUUACAUCAUCAUGAUUAAGGAAGCCAUCGCGACUCUCAAGGAGAGAAAGGGUGCCUCAACUCAGGCCAUCUUCAAGCACGUGUCGACCAACUUUAACGUCGUGCAGGGAUCGACCACUGAAAAGCAGGUAGGAUUCCGAAUUUUGGAAUAAAAUUUCUCAAUGUUCCGUUUCCAGGUCAAAAGCCGUCUCAACAUCGCUUUGAAGAAAGGAGUUACCUCCGGAGCUCUCGUUCAGACCAGCGGAACUGGAGCCAACGGACGCUUCCGUCUGAAGGCGGAUACCCCGAAGAAGGUUGCCACCAGUGCCACCGUCCCUGUUGCCGCUCCCGUCGUGUCUUCUUCUCCGACCACUCCAGUCGCCACUAAGCCGAAGAAGACUAUCAAAAAGAUGGUGAGGAUUACUAGCAGACAGAUCUGAUUGUGCAUUUUAUUCAUUCCAGGCGGUUGCUGCUGUUUCUGCUAUUGCUUCUCCGAUCGAAAAGAAGAACAAGUCGCCGAAGAAGGUUGCCGCGAAGCCAGCUGCCAAGAAGAGCAAGAAGGCUCCAGCCCAGAAGGCCGCUGCCACCGACUAA